AGUGGUCUAACCCUCCCCCACCUUUUCUCCUGUCCUUUGCUAUCCACCCCCCAACUCCUCCUACUCACUAUUUCAAACAGCUGAUUUCCAAGAAAGAAAGGGAUCAUUCGGAAGACAUGGUUAGCAGAUGAUAUAGAGAAGAGCGAUGAAAUAUAUCACACAGUAGCUGGUUUAAUCUCUCUUGGCACUUUUCAUUUUUAUCAUUAGGUAUGAUAGGGCUAGCUUGUUAGCAACUUAGCUAGCUGGCAACCCCGGCUAACGUUAUUUAGCUAACGUUAGUGAUGUAAAACUGACUUUCGUUGUGUAAAAUCAAAAGAGAACUUCCUCGCGCUGCGAAUUACGCUAGUUGGUUUUUCAUUUCGUUUCGUCUACUGAAAGUGUUUUUGGUCAAAGCAAAUAUAUAGGUCACGACAGUCUGCUAGCUAAAUACCCGGCUGUCUAUAUGGGCCAUGGAACAGCUGGUUAGCAUUCGGGCUAAUGCCAGCUAGCUAACGUUCUUCGAAUCUGAAUUUCAUUGACCGACAUCUCGAGUUGGAAGAACCGGGCGUUUGCUACCUUUUAUUUGGCUACCUCUGCAACUGGUUAGCUAUAUAAUAAGCUAGUGUAAUUACUCCGCUAACUAUAUGCAAACACAGGUGUGUGUACUUUUCGGUUUAGCUAGCUCGUUAGUUAACAACCAGACAAAGGUAGCUAUCUGAGCCCGGGCAAUAAACUCAUGUAGCGCGAGCUGGUAGCCAGGUAAUGUAACAUAGCAUUGUUAGAUAAGGGGAGACUUCUUACACAUCGUAAAAUUAGGCCACAAAACAGAAAGCACAAAUGUAUUAACAGUGGUAGGCAUUGCUUUCCCCAGCCAGACUGAUUGAUUAUGUGAUCUCUGGUCAAUUAGAUAGCGUUUGUGUCGAUAUAGCUCAGGAAUUUCUGGAGCCGACAGUGUUUUCGAUCACAUUGCUGACGUUAUAUUUGUAGUUUUCUGUCGUGACCUAACGUUACUAAAGCCAAUAAGUCACUAAAGCCAAUAAUGGUGAUUCCACGACAAUAGUCUAAUAGCAAGCUAAAUAACACUGCUCCUGUUAAUAUAUAGCUAACAAGAUAGCUGCUAACCAUAUAAGACAUGGUUUACAUUCUCUGUUGCAUGUUCUACAAGCAAGGAACAGAGUCACAAUCAUGCCUGCAUAGAAUACUGAAGUCAAGCUCUCGGAUCAUGUAUAUGUAAUGCAUGCAACGCUCAAAGCGAGUACAUUAUUAGACAUAGCUCCAAAACGAACCCUUCUGAUAGGGGUUUGAAAUAGAAUGGCAUUCCAUGGUACAGGCCUGCAGCAGACAGUAUGUGGUAACCUGUUCCCCGGAUCUGAGUUGGGGCAUAACAAGUAUUUUUGCGUCAACACCUCAACUGGAMCCACUUCCACGGGCCUCAGUGCAACACCGAGUCUAACUGGACCCACUGCCCCGGCGGGGACGCCUCGACACCCGACGUCUCUUGGGGGAAGCACCGGRGGCGGGGCCGCUGUACCACAGCCUCAUAGUAGUCCUGCCAGUGAAGUYCCAAGCCCUGCUGAGAUGGAGCCUGAUCGACCUAUCGGUUAUGGCGCAUUUGGUGUGGUCUGGUCAGUGACAGACCCUCGUGACGGGCGUAAGGUAGCCCUGAAGAAGAUGCCCAAUGUCUUCCAGAACCUAGUCUCCUGUAAGAGGGUCUUCAGAGAGCUGAGGAUGCUCUGCUUCUUCAAACACGACAACGUGUUGUCAGCGCUGGAUAUUCUGCAGCCUCCACAGAUCGACUGCUUCGAGGAAAUCUACGUGAUCACUGAGCUGAUGCAGAGUGACCUCCACAAAGUCAUCGUGUCUCCCCAGCCCCUCACCACCGACCACAUUAAGGUGUUCCUCUACCAGAUUCUCAGAGGGCUGAAGUACCUGCAUUCUGCUGGCAUCCUGCACAGGGACAUCAAACCUGGGAACCUGUUAGUCAACAGCAACUGCCUGCUCAAGAUCUGUGACUUUGGGCUGGCCCGUGUGGAGGAGCCGGACCAGUCUCGUCACAUGACCCAGGAGGUGGUGACUCAGUACUACCGGGCUCCUGAGGUGCUGAUGGGCAGCCGCCAUUAUGGCUCUGCCAUAGACGUCUGGUCGGUGGGCUGCAUCUUCGCUGAACUACUGGGUCGGCGCAUCCUGUUCCAGGCCCAGAGCCCCAUACAACAGUUGGAUCUGAUCACUGAUUUGCUGGGUACCCCUCCUCUCUCUGCCAUGGCAUCUGCCUGUGAGGGGGCAAGAGCUCACAUCCUGAGAGGACCUCACAAACCGCCGUCACUCUCUGUGUUAUACAUGCUGUCUGACGGGGCGACCCACGAGGCCGUGCACCUGUUGUGUCGUAUGCUGGUGUUUGAUCCGGCCAAACGGAUCUCGGGCAGCGACGCCCUCUCCCACCCCUACCUGGACGAGGGCCGUCUGCGCUACCACACGUGCAUGUGCCAGUGCUGCUACUCGGUGCCCAGCGGGCGUGUGUACACGCGGGACUUUGAACCGCCCGCCGACCGCAACUUCAGCCACAGCUACGAUAACAGCCUGCUCUCUGUCUGGCAGGGCAAAGAGCUCAUCCAUCACUUCAUAUCAGAGCACCAGCAGGGGAAACGAGUGCCGCUGUGCAUCAACCCCCAGAGUGCCGCCUUCAAGACCUUCAUCAGGUCUACUGCGUGGCAUUCCUCCAAAGUCUCCAGGAAGGAGGAGAGAUGAAGGGGAGUGUCGUUCAUGUACAAGAGGAAUCGUGGGAAAUUCAGUUUGAUAAAAAGAACAAGACUUGCUUUGGUCCAUAUAAUAGAGAUAGGCUUGGGUUUCUUUGGAUGAAGGGGAGGUGUGAAUGAAACCGUACGCCAGCCUCUCCGAGAGAAGAACAGUGUCUGUCAGGGGAAAUGCUCACUUACUAAAGACUACAUUUCCCUUCAAUGAAAACUACAGUUCAACUAUGAAAACUACUAUUGACACUGGUGAAGACUUGACGACACCAACGCUAUAGGCAUUUCUGAAAACUAAAAUGUGCUGCUGAAUUUAAAAAAAGGAAUAAAGAAAGAGCGAAGAGUGGCAGAAGAGGAAAAUUAUUGGAAACAUUUAUUACUAGAAGAGUUGUAGUUGGUUGUGUUGUGCUCCAACGUGGUUGAUGGCGGAGAGACAAAGGAAUAGCUGUUUUACUAUUUAUGUUGAAUAAUUGUUCUGCUCUGUUAAGUCAUUCCAGCCGCGUGCAAUAUGAUGAAAAGCAAUGUGCUCCUGGCGAUACCGUACUCUCUUACCUGUGCGCUCAGUGACUUAGGCAUGUUAAUGUCACAUUGAUGACCCUACCUUUUAUCAUUGAUUCUAUUGAUUUGGUUUGAUAGUUUCCCUGUACCCAUUCUCAAUAUCUUCGGUAAACUGGUCUUAGAUCUGCGCUACAAUGCAACCUCUGGCCUUGAGCGUCGCUCCGUGCUACUUGUGAGUCUUCCCUCCCAAUCUGCCCUUGUCCAUAAGACCAAACCAUUUCCAAGACAACAAAUUGACCGGGUUCUUUGAUUGGGUGGGGCCACAGCAGGGGAGGAGCUUCUGGAACUCGAGGUAGAUGGAGCCUCGCCCAUGUUUUUAAAAUCAUUAUUUUAUAUUUUAAUUUAUCGUUUGAUUUAGCUCCUUUGAGUGGCAGUUUGAGCUUGGGCACAUGUCGUGCCCAUGUACUGAGUAGUCAGCCAUUUAGGUGUGUGUGUGCUCACGUGUGUAGAGUUUAAGGGAAUGUGCAGUUUUCUACUUCAAUGAUCUCAUUACCUCAAACAGUUGGCGUCAAAAAGGGAACCCAGAGAGAGUCUACUGGGUAAAGUGUACAUAGACCCAACUCCACUACUACGUACUGUAACGUGAUGUCAUUACUUUGUACUAAAUCUCUGUCCUUAACCUCUCUCUGUCACUCCCCUCCUUUCUCCCUCUUGGAGAGAGAGAGGGAUGGAGGAUGAGGGACAGAUGGCAGGAAGAACAGCUUGUUGAAAUGUAUUGGUGAAAUGCUGCUGUGUUUUGGUUUUCCUUUAUUGGUUGUUGGUUUAUUUCCAGUUGAGUUCACGGCUCAGGUGUUCCAUUGCAAAUACUGUGGACCCGACCACACAAAUACACACAGAUAUUAUUCACCAAUAACAUUGUGCCUCAAUUUUUUUUUGCCCACAAAGAGGAACCGCAAAGCUCUGUGCGCUGAAGCUCUGACUGGAGCUAGUACUAACUAAAAUGAGGCUCCUGAAGACGCUGUACUGUGCUUGUUGGCAUUGCUGUCAUGGCAGUGGUCAGGCCCUUGUCCCGCCACUUGAUGGUGCUAUUGGCAGUGUAGGCUAGGGGGUGAUGGGGAUUGCCAAAAUGUUUCACUUAAACCUGCAUGUGUGUAUUUAUGAUUUAAAAAAA